CCGGCAGAGGCUGCUCGAGCUCGCCCAGGAGUACGAGAGCCUCCACGCGGAGGUCGCGUCCCCCCUCCCCUGCGGCCUGGGCCCCGCGGCGGCGGGCCCGGCCCCGCCGCGGGACCUGCCCGAGGCGCCGGCGGGUGCGGGGGGGCCGGCCGCGCGUGAGGCAGCGACCCUGGUCAGGAGGGACCUCCCGCGGCCCCGUGUUCAGCCUCUCUUGGCGAGCCCUUCUGGGCAGCCCACGCCCCCCGAGGUGAUCCCGCUCUCGAGCGAGCCCAGCUGCGCCGGGGACAGCGUGGUCCCCGCGCCCACCAUCGCCAGCAGCCCAGUGCGCACGCGCCACACCGCCGGCAGCGCGGCGAGGACCCCCAGGCUGGGGGUUCCUGGCGACCACGGCGCCUUCGGAAUGCAGACUCCAUCCCGAGGAGGAGAGAGAGAUUUCAACCGGGCCGUGAGGAGGACGCUCGGAGCCGUCAGGGAUUCCACGGCCUCGGCGACAAUAGACACGAGGCCCCUCGUCUGGUUCGUGAAGAGCCGUUACUUCAGCAUGCUGUUUGCGUGUCUGAUCAUCUGGAGCAUAGUGCUGGUUGGCAUUGAGACCCAGGUUCUUUCGAGCGCGUCCUACAAAGGGUCAGGCUCGGAGCAGGUGCUAGAUGCCUUGUCGGCAGCCAAUUACAUUCUCACGCUCUUGUUCACAGUGGAGAUGGUGGCCCGAAUCUACGCCUACAGACUUGAGUUCUUUGUCGAGGAAAGACUGUGGAAUUUCUUCGACCUGGUGAUCUUGGUUCUGGCGAUCAUCGAGGUUGCUCUGGAGCUUUCAGUGCUAGCGUUUUCAGGCCACAGGGCCGGCUUCUUCGAGAACGGCGGAACGGCGAAGCUCCUGCGUCUUUUUCGCCUCACUCGGCUGCUUCGACUCGUCCGAACAUUUCGUCAACUGAAGCCCUUGCGGAUGCUUGUGCAUUCAAUAGCGUGCGCCGGCAAAUCGGUGUUUUGGGCUUUGAUGCUGCUCUUCAUGAUCGUAUACUCCUUUGCAAUCGUUCUGACACAAGCAGUGACGGAGCACACCGCAGGUGGCGAGCAGAUUGAGGAUGAGGAUUUGGUAUCGUAUUUCGGUGAUUUGUUUCGAUCAAUGUUGAGUCUUUGGAUGGCAGUUUCUGGUGGCAUUAGCUGGAACGAGCUCACCGCGCCGCUGGAGAGGACGGACAACCCCAUGUGGAUGAUCUUGUUCUUGCUCUACGUUGUGUUCGUGUAUUUCUUCAUACUCAACGUCGUGACCGGCGUGUUCGUUCAGAAUGCAUUCGAGGGGGCUCAGCAAGAUUUGGAUCUAACCAUCGAAGCCCAGCUCAGGGACAAGCACAUGUACGCGGACCGCUUGAAGUUGCUUUUCCGGGAGAUGCACAGAGAUCCCGAAGCAAUCAGCACGGGCCUCACGGCGGCCGAGCUCCAGAACCAGCUGAUCAAGCCGAAAGUGCAGUCCUGGUUCAAAGCCCUGGACAUCGACGCGAAGCAGACAUGGAAGCUGUUCAAGAUCCUCGACGCGGACCGCACGGGCCGCGUUUCCCUGGAAGACUUCGUGCACGGUUGCUUGCAGCUCCGGGGGCCAGCUACGCGCGUCGACGUCGAGUCCUUGAAGUGGGAGAUCAGAGGUGCGAACAGCCGCGCAGAGCAGACUGCUGACAAGUUCGCGGGGCCGUCCAUGCAUGCCAGGACGCCGGCUGCGAAGAAUUUCGAGAAGGAGCCGUCGGGGGCCACCUUUGGGGCCUUCGGGUCGAUCAUGAGCGCCUGCACCGAAGCGGCGUGACUGUGCAGCUCUCGGGGCCGUGGCUGCCGAGUCGGCAGGGGGGGGUCGGGCCACGAGCUCUGCACUCCUCCGGUGCUCCAGGCCCGGCCCAUCCUCCUCCUCCUCCUCCUCCUCCUCCUCCUCCUCCUCCUCCUCCUCCUCCUCCUCCUCCUCCUCCUGGCCCAUGAGCGGUGUGCGUGCCUCCCCGGCCAAGACAGGAGGGCGCCGACGCCGCUCCCGGGCGGAGGGUGGGCCCCUGGCCGGGGGCAGCGGGCACGUGUGGAUGCCGUCGCCCGGAGGGAGCGGCCUGGCGUGGAAGCUGGCGCGCCCCUCUGCCUCGGCCUCUCGGCUGCCUCCGUGGCCUGUCGUCGCCAGGAAGGCAGAGCGCCACGCAGGGGCGCGCGCACCACAGAGCGGGGGGGCCGAAUGGUACUGCACCUUGGCAUCGCUCGGACGUGUGCAUUUUUUUUCGUCAUGCGCCCCGCCCGCGCGAACCACCCGCAACUGCUUGGGGGUAUGUCCUGCAUGGUGCGCGAGUGAGGAGCAAGUUGCAGUAUUUUUGUUCCCGCGAGGUAGGCUGAAGUAGGCCCUGUAGAGACGAAGGUAGUUUUUCCAUUAUGAAACAGCGUCCAGGCGACCUUGUCCUGACCUGUCCGCCUUGCUACCAUCGUAAUUGGACGUGCGUCCAUGGCCUAGCCCGCACGGUGUGCAUGCAGAUGCGAUCCAAGACGGAUCUGCACAUGCUUACAGUGGCUGUACUUGUUGUGGCUAGUAUUUAGUUGCUCCUCUUUCUACACUUCCCUCUCCAGUGUACCCUCUGGCCCCCUCCCGUCGAAGUGAAUAUAGCGCUCAAUGGUGUUUUCGAGCGAUGUGUCCAAAUAUUUUUGGAACUGAUUGAAGAUCGGUUGUUCAUCCUGGUGGGACCGUAUUCCACGCGAAUGCGAAGGCGCCUCGGUUGUAAGUGCUUAGGCAUUGGCAUGUUCGUCUGAAGCCACCUUGUGCAUGGCCGAAGGACUUGCAUGUCCUACGUUCUGUAGGGUAUUGGAGUUGGACCUUCUGCCCUUACAGACAAACACCAAGAUUACAGGAGAUGGGGGGCUCGCCUUGGUCAUUGUACGAGUGCGGGCCCUGAAGUCCUUGUCAGUUCGUUUUCGGAUCACAUGUUUUGGACCUCUUCACUUCCAGAACUGCUGCAUCGUCGGGGACCGUGGAGUGCAUUCG